AUGGACGCCUCCGCCGGCUCGCCGCCGCCGCCGCACUCGCAGCAGAAGCACGGAGGCGGGGCUUGGCCGGGGAAGGCCCCGGCGGGGGAGAUCCCGCCGGGGGAGGACGACUUCCUCUUCGCCGACGACACUUUCCCGUCUCUACCGGAUUUCCCGUGCCUCUCCUCCCCUUCGAGCUCCACCUUCUCGUCGUCCUCCUCCUCCAACUCCUCCAGCGCCUUCACCGCCGCAGCGACAAGGGGCGGCGGCGAGCAGCACGCGGCGGCGGAGGACGGGAUCGAUGCGCUCGCCGACCUCGACCAGCUGCUCGACUUCGCGUCGCUCUCCGUGCCCAGCUGGGAGGACGAGCCGCUGUUCCCCGACGACGUCGGCAUGAUGCUAGAGGACGCGGACGCCAUGUCCGACGACCACAAGCCGCCCGCGCGCCACGCCGCGGACGCCGGCUGCAGGGCCGCCGGGAAAGCGGCGGCCGCGGCUUCUGGUGGAGGAGAGGGCUUCGUGGCUUCUGGCGGCGGGGCGGCGGAGGACCUGCCGCGGUUCUUCAUGGAGUGGCUGACCAACAACCGGGACUGCAUCUCGGCCGAGGACCUCCGCAGCAUCCGGCUGAAGCGGUCCACCAUCGAGGCCGCGGCGGCGCGGCUCGGCGGCGGGCGGCAGGGCACCAUGCAGCUGCUCAAGCUCAUCCUCACCUGGGUCCAGAACCACCAUCUCCAGAAGAAGCGGCUACGCGUCGACGCCUCCAUGGAGAUGGACGCCUCACCGGCGGGCCCACAUGGCAGCCACCACCACCACCACCAGCUCCCAAGCCCGGGCGCCAACCCCGGCUACGAGUUCCCUGCCGCCGCUCCUGAAGGCACAUCCUGGACGAUGCCCUACCAGCAAGCCGCCUUCACGCCCCCAUCUGCCUACGGCGGCGAGACGCAGACGGCGAUCUACCCGAACACGACUAGUACUACUACUGCUGCUACCGGGCCGUACCCUUUCCAGCAGAGCUGCAGCACGAGCAGCGUGGUCGUGAGCAGCCAGCCGUUCUCCCCGCCGGCGGCUGCGACAGACAUGCAGACGGCGCCGAUGAGCGGAUCGGCUGGAUCGGGGAACAACAGCGUGCCCUUGGUCUGGCCGCAGCAGUACGCGUUCCCUGGCGGCGCCCCCACGGGCAAUUCGUACCCGAUGCUUCAGCCGUUCGCCCCCGGAUUCGCCAUGCCGAUGUGCCCACAGCGCGCGGCCGGCGGGACGGAGCCAUCGGCGACCAAGGAGGCCCGGAAGAGGCGGAUGGCGAGGCAGCGGCGCCUGUCGUCCUCCCUGCAGCACCAGCGGAGCCAGCAGCUGAAUCUGGGCCAGAUCCAAAUCGUUCCACAACCACCACAAGAGCACUCGGCGCCGGUCACGCUCACGCCGCCGCCGUCCGGUGCAUGGGGACUCUGGUCAUCCCCACCGGGCUGCCAGCAGGUCCCCGUCCAGGCCCAGGCCCAGAACCCACCGUCGAAGCCCAGCUCUUCCUCGAAGCCCAAGCAGCAGAAACCCUCGGCGCCGGACGCCGGCGCGACACCGGCGGCCUCGGAGAAGCGGCAGGGCGCGAAUAAUAAGCCGGCAGCAGACAAGAACCUGCGGUUCCUGCUGCAGAAGGUGCUGAAGCAGAGCGACGUCGGGAGCCUCGGCCGCAUCGUGCUCCCCAAAGAAGCGGAGACUCACCUGCCGGAGCUCAAGACGAGGGACGGCAUCUCCAUCCCCAUGGAGGAUAUCGGGACUUCUCGGGUCUGGAACAUGCGGUACCGGUUUUGGCCUAACAACAAGAGCAGAAUGUAUCUCCUGGAAAACACUGGGGAUUUUGUCCGCUCCAACGAGCUGCAGGAGGGUGAUUUCAUCGUGAUUUACUCUGAUGUCAAGGGAAGAUAUCUGAUACGAGGUGUGAAGGUAAGACCGGUGCAGGAUCAAGCUGGGAAACACAAGUAUGGCAUUCCAGGAAAUAAAGGAGGCGCCUCCGACGUGAAGACGGGCCCUGAAGACCGCGGAUGCAAGGAGAAGUCCCCGCACGGUGCGCAGCGGUCUCGCCAGGAGGCCACCGGCUCCAAUAUGAUGGCGGUGAGGAUCUGAAGAACAGCCUCGACCGGCCAAUCUAUCCACCAUUGAAGGCUAGCUAGCUCCGUGUUGUACACCCGGCCCUGGUGAUGAUCAAAGCGAUCUCCCGUACGUUGUAUGAUCUGUACUGU